AUGGGAAACCAUAUGGUUUCUGAUUCUGCAGCUACGAUUAAUGCCGGUGGUGACGAUAUGUCGACCGUGGACGGCGAUGAGAGCGUGUUGAAUAUGGCGGGCGGACCCCAGAAACGAAGACAUGACGAUGAAGACGAGGGCUCGGAUGACCUCGAUGACGAUGACGAUGACGACCUAGAGAGCAUGGCCAGUGUUGCUGUUGAUGGCGCCGGCAAGGCGCAGGCAAACAAGGCAGAGGAGGAAAAAGAGCUCCCCGCACAUGCAUGCAGCAGCGUGGUAAAGUGUCUGACCUGUAACAAGUGGUUUUGCAGUGCUCGUGGAAACACGUCCUCGUCCCAUAUCGUGAACCAUCUGGUCCGGGCCCGCCACAAGGAAGUUCAGCUCCAUCCGGCGUCGUCACUCGGGGAUACCAUACUGGAGUGUUAUAACUGCGGAACGAAGAAUGUAUUCCUCCUUGGGUUUAUUCCGGCAAAGUCCGACACCGUUGUCGUGCUGCUCUGCCGCCAGCCAUGUGCGGCCAUGCCGUCUUCAAAGGACAUGAACUGGGAUACGUCACGAUGGCAACCACUCAUGGAAGACCGCUCUUUUUUGCCAUGGCUCGUCUCCGCGCCCUCUGACCAAGAGCAACUCCGGGCUCGUCACCUCAGCCCACAGAUGAUCGCCAAGUUGGAAGAGCUGUGGAAGGAGAAUGCCACGGCAACCGUCGAAGACUUGGAGAAGGCCACAGGCGUAGAUGAUGAACCGGCGCCGGUUCUACUUCGAUACGACGACGCUUACCAGUACCAAAACGUCUUUGGCCCUCUUGUCAAGAUCGAGGCCGACUACGACCGUAAGUUAAAAGAGGCUCAGUCGCAAGACGGCCUUAGUGUACGAUGGGACCUUGGCUUGAACAAUAAACACCUUGCCAGUUUUGUCCUUCCGAAGCUUGAGCUCGGUGACGUGAAGCUUGCUGUCGGUGAUGAAAUGCGACUCAAGUAUGCCGGAGAGCUUCGAUCGAAGUGGGAGGGCGUCGGAUAUGUCAUCAAGAUACCCAACAACCAGUCUGAUGAAGUUACCAUCGAGUUGCGCUCAAAGGGGGACCACAAGUCGGUGCCUACAGAAAUAUCCCAUAAUUUCACUGCGGAUUACGUCUGGAAAGCCACCUCCUUCGACCGUAUGCAGCUCGCAAUGAAGACCUUUGCUGUGGAUGAGAUGAGCGUGUCAGGCUACCUUUUCCACCGUCUACUGGGAAACGAAGUUGCCGCUGCGCCUAUGAAGACCCAAAUGCCAAAGCAAUUUAGCGUACCCGGCCUCCCCGGCCUCAACAGCAGUCAGAUUAACGCCGUCAAGGCAGUUCUACAGAAACCCCUGAGUUUGAUCCAAGGUCCUCCCGGAACAGGAAAAACCGUCACAUCGGCUACCAUCAUCUACCAUCUUGCAAAGGUCAAUGCAGGCCAGGUGCUUGUCUGCGCCCCGUCCAACGUUGCCGUUGAUCAGCUCUGCGAAUGCAUUCAUAGAACUGGACUGAAAACUGUUCGUGUAACUGCAAAAUCUCGAGAAGAUGUCGAAUCACCGGUCCGCCACCUUUCGCUUCACGAACAAGUGCGCAACAAUGACAGCAAUAUCGAGCUUGUCAAACUUAACCAGCUAAAGGCUGAAUUGGGUGAACUCUCAAGCCAGGAUGAAAAGAAAUAUAAACAGCUCACGCGUGCCGCAGAAAAGGAGAUUUUAACCAACGCUGAUGUUAUCUGCUGCACCUGCGUCGGCGCUGGUGACCCACGACUUGCGAAAUCCAAGUUCCGUACUGUUCUAAUCGACGAAUCGACCCAGUCCGCGGAGCCAGAAUGUAUGAUCCCACUUGUCCUGGGCUGCAAACAAGCCGUCCUUGUCGGCGACCACCAACAGCUUGGACCAGUUAUCAUGAACAAGAAGGCUGCCAAAGCUGGUUUGAACCAAUCCCUCUUCGAACGACUGGUUAUUCUAGGAUGCGCCCCUAUCCGUCUGAACGUUCAGUACCGAAUGCAUCCUUGCCUAUCUCAGUUCUCUUCAAACAUGUUCUACGAGGGCUCUCUCCAGAACGGUGUGUCUAGCGAGGACCGUCUGCUCAAGAAUGUUGAUUUUCCCUGGCCAGUCGCAGAUAAACCCAUGAUGUUCUGGUCGAACUUGGGGAAUGAGGAAAUAUCAGCCUCUGGAACAUCGUAUCUUAAUCGAACCGAAGCCGCCAACGUGGAAAAAAUUGUCACCCGCUUUUUCAAAGCUGGCGUCAAACCAUCCGGAAUUGGCAUUAUCACUCCAUAUGAAGGUCAACGCAGCUAUGUUGUCAGCUCUAUGCAGUUGACCGGCACGUUUAAAAAGGAGUCUUACAAGGAAAUCGAAGUUGCUUCCGUCGAUGCCUUCCAGGGACGUGAAAAGGACUUCAUCGUCCUCUCCUGUGUUCGAUCCAACGACCACCAAGGAAUCGGUUUCCUUAGCGACCCUCGCCGAUUAAACGUGGCCCUCACCCGUGCUAAAUACGGUCUGGUCAUCCUCGGAAACCCCAAGGUUCUCUCCAAACAUCCAUUGUGGAACUACCUGUUACGCCAUUUCAAGGAACAGAACUGCCUCGUGGAAGGUCCGCUCUCUAACCUACAGACAUCCCUCAUUCAGUUCAGUCGGCCAAAGCAAGCCUACCGUGGCCCACAGCGCUUCCAGAUGUCGUUCAACCAUGCGUCUAAUGUCGAUAGUAGCAUGCUGAAUGGAAGAAAUGGUCAUCCCCACGAUUAUCACGAUGCCGGGUCAGUUGUUAGCUAUAUCCCUGAUGAUGUGUCUUCAGUGCACUCAUCUGCUUUGGGAGGUGUUGCUAUUCCUUCCGGAUACCCCCAUAUGUUCCAAAACUUCAAUGAAUCUUGGCCUUCUGCUCCAAAUAACCGUCGUCCCAAUAGUUCCAGGAUGAGAGGCGCACCAAGCGUUGCGGGAGAGUCAGUCGCGGCUACAGAGUCAGAUGUUACUAGCAGUGUUGUGGGUGGAAAUAGUACCGUCGGCCAAGGUGGAGUUAGUCUCUCCGGCCUAAGCAUCCAUGACGUUCAGAAGCAGACGAGUCUCAGUCAAUCCGACCGUCUAAAGCGUUACGUCGAGUCAAGCGGCCGUCCCGAGCAAUACCGGGGUGGAACUGACGCGGGAAGCGUCUUCGGUGGUAGUGCUGCCGGAAUCCGCAUCCCGCGUCAGAAUCUAGGGCAUUCAGGCGACGACGAUGAUGCCCGCAGUGUCUCAACCGCUUUUGCAAGCCAAGUCGGUGGAAACUAUGACUGA